GACGUGUUUGGCACAAACAAUGAAUAAUGAAGAAGCUCUUCAGCUCCUUAGUUGGCGUGCCUUCAAGAAGAGUCAUCCUAAUGAUGAUGAAUAUCUUGAACUCGCAAAAAAGGUUAUUGAUUACUGUGGAGGGUUGCCACUAGCGCUUGAAGUUUUAGGUUCUUAUCUAAGUUCAAAAACCAAAAGAGAAUGGAGAAGUGCACUGCGCAAAUUGAAAAGAAAGCCUCACGGGAAGAUUUAUGAAAAGCUUAAAAUGAGCUAUGAUGGACUAAUUGACGAUGAUGUGAAGGCUAUAUUCCUUGACAUAUCUUGUUUCUUUAUUGGAACGAACAAGGACUAUGUCAUGACAAUAUUAGAUGGCUGUGACUUCGACCCAGAUAUAGGAAUUGGGGAACUCCAUGAUCGGUGCCUUGUAACUGUUGAUGAAGGAAACAACCUUAUAAUGCAUGAUUUGCUUUGAGAUAUGGGCAGAGAAAUUGUACGUGCAAAAUCUCCUACCAUCACUGGAAAACGUUGUAGAUUGUGGGACCAGGAUGAUGUAAAAGACGUAUUGAGGAACAAAUCUGGAACAGAGGACGUUGAAGGUCUCACUUUAGAUUUGCGAGAAUCUGACGAGCCUAGCUUCAGUACAGAAGCACUUAGAGAGAUGCGGAGACUGAGGUUGCUCGUACUCAAAGGUGUAAAGUUCACUGGAAACUGCACAUAUCUCUCCAAAAAGCUAACAUGGUUGUGUUGGCCUGAGUUUCCUCUAGAGGUCAUGCCAGAAGAUUUUAAUCCACCAAACCUAGUUGAUGUCAACCUGACUCAUAGCCAAAUGCAAGUUUGGAAGGACCCUGACGCGAGGCUUGAGAAAUUGAAGUUUCUUAAUCUGGGUUAUUGCUGUCGCCUAAAAUGGUCACCAGACUUUUCAAAACUCCCCAAUAUCGAGAGAUUGAUACUCAGAGACUGCACGAGUUUGUCCAAGAUUCACCCGUCCAUAGUACAACUGAAGUGCCUUAAAUAUCUCUCUCUUGCGAACUCCAAUUUAAUAAGUGAUGCAAUUCCUGAGGAUCUCGGGUCUAUAUCUUCUUUAGAAGUUUUAGAUCUAAGAGGCAAUGAUUUUACAGCACUACCCAUCCUCACUGGCCUUUCCAAGCUUCAAACUUUACAGUUGGAUAAUUGCACAAAGCUUCAGGCAAUUCCGGAUUUACCAACAAGGUUGGAAAUUCUGGAAGCGAAUCAGUGUAUUGCAUUGGAAAGGAUGCCUGAUUUUUCGGAGAUGUCGAGACUGAGAGAAUUGCAUCUGAAUCACUCCCCCAAACUCACUGAGAUUCCAGGCCUGGAUAAGUCUUUAACCUCCAUGACAAGGAUUCAUAUGGAAGGGUGCACCAAUCUCAAUGAUGCUUUUAAGGAAGCAAUCCUACGGGGAUGGAGUGCGAGUGGAAAUGGUGGCCUUUUUCUUCCUGGACCUUCAUUGUUUAGGGGUGUCCAACCUAAGGAAGAAAUCAAUGAACAUUCGCUUGACAGUGAGUCCAUGUCAUAUUCAAGUGAAUACAAGGAAGGCAGAAAUGAUAAAGCAGCAAGACCAGAUGAUGACUCAUACGAUGAGAAUAGAUCUCACAAAAGAAUAAGGUUUGAUCUCAGUAUAGGAAGCAAUGCAGAAGAAGAAACCGUUGCCGGAGAAUAUAAUUGCAUUAUAGUUCAAAACCACAAAAGCUGCAUGGAAGCUGGUGCGAUCUUUGAGGAGGGGGGAGAUGGUGGGGAUGAAGAGGAGGCUCCAAGUGCUGUACUGGUAUCCGUUAAUUGUUCUUCAAGCGGAACUGAUCAGAAGUACAAAUUCGGAAUCAGUUGAUCUUCUGACUUGAAUGUCGUGUUGUGAGCAUUACUUUGCUCGGCAGAGGUUUGGUGUUGCACUUUGCACAUAUGGAGAUUGAACUAGCAAAAGUAAGGUUCAACUCCACGUUGUUUCGAUUCACAAAACGAAGUGUAAGUACAUCCUCCUAUCGGUGAGAGUGCUGAGACGCAGAGACACAGCGUUCUGAAACACGAAUAAUUUGUUUGUUCAUAAAUUAUUAGAUUGAAAAGAUUGACCUUUGCCUUUAUGUUAAUGAAUUGCUCUUUCCGAAUGAGUUCAUAUAUCACGAUAAUCCUACAAUUAUAUG